CCAAGGUUCUGUCCAACAUGAUCAAGCAGAAGAGGAAAGAGAAGGCUGGUAAAUGGGAGGUGCCCCUUCUAAAGGUCAGAGCUCAGGGAGAGACAGAAGUGCUCAAAGUCAUCAAAACAGGGAAGAGGCAAAAGAAGGCAUGGAAGAGAAUGGUCACCAAAGUCUGCUUUGUAGGUGACGGCUUCACCUGUAAACCUCCAAAAUAUGAGCGUUUCAUCAGACCCAUGGGCCUGCGUUUUAGGAAGGCGCACGUCACACACCCAGAGCUGAAGGCCACAUUUUGUCUGCCCAUCCUUGGUGUGAAGAAGAAUCCAUCAUCACCUCUGUACACAUCUUUGGGGGUCAUCACCAAGGGAACGGUCAUAGAGGUCAAUGUCACCGAGUUGGGUUUGGUCACACAAGGAGGAAAGGUCAUCUGGGGUAAAUACGCCCAGGUGAUGAAUAACCCAGAGAACAAUGGCUGCAUUAAUGUAGUUCUGCUCGUAUGAGACUGUUGACAUUCAUACAGACUUUGCAGAAUAACUGAUU